AUGAUGGCGACAUCAUCGUCAGUAACAAGUGACGACGAUAGUGUGGUUCUCUUGACGGGCACGUACGGAAACCUCUCCAAGUUUUCUCUUGUCCAUCAGCCAACAACCACCCUUCGACCAGGAGAAGAAGCAGCUGUGUUUGUACGCGUUCUCUCCCCACAAACGGUUCAACUGGGAAAGACGACGGAUCCUCUGUGUGCCAUUCAUCGCUUCAAAAUUUGGUGGUGCCGACCCGUCUUUCAACGUCCCGUCCCACCCGAAACUCUCCUCUUGCUGGAGCUAAUUCAAGAUCAAUACAGACUGGUUCUGCCUGUCGUGUUGCCCUUGAACAAUCACCACCACAAAUCCUUUGCCUCGUCUUCUCUCAGAGGGAGUUACGUAGGUCAACGAGAAGAGCUGCUCCUGUAUAGCAAUCACAAGGAGACUGGGUUGUAUGUUGGAAUUGGCAAAGAUCCUUAUGCUUUGAUACAGGAGGGUGUGUCACUGGCUACUCAACUCUGGAAUUCUCCCACAACCUCUUUUUCGUCCUCGACCUUGCACGACCGUACACAACGAAACAAUGUCAUUCUGGAAAAGUUGGGUUGGUGUUCAUGGAAUGCCUGUUAUACAAAUGUGACGGGGCCAAAACUGGUCCAAGCAGUUCGUGCGCUCCAGCAAGACCAUGGUGCUCCCAUUCAGUGGAUGAUUGUCGAUGACGGGUGGCAGCACAUCACCACUCCAUCAGAAGCAGCUGACAAAGCGGACGGAUUUCAAUGGUCGCAACGACUACAAUCCUACCGGGAAGAUCCUGUCAAAUUUGCCAACUUGUCGCUCCAAGAGACGGUGCAACAAUUGAAACGGGAUCUCGGCAUUCAGUCGGUGUGGGUGUGGCAUACAUUGGCAGGAUAUUGGUUGGGGGUCAACCCCAAAAGCGGCUCGUUUCAGGAGCAGGCCGCAAUACACUACCCACACUUUCCGACCGGUAUCAUUGACAGUGAUGCAUCGGCAUCUGUGGAAGCAAGUGUGGAGAAAGGGAUUGGCAUUCCCAACGACGCCGACGACUUUUUUAGACGCUAUCACACAGAUUUCUUGGCGGGGGAUUGCCAGGUGGACGGAGUCAAGGUAGACGCCCAGGGUGUCAUUGGUAUACUACAGGCCAGCAGAGCAGAUGAUGGUGCCGAAAACAACAAUGAGAGUGCACAGCCGAAAGAACGAGACGCACCCGUGUUUCGUUUGCACGAUGCCAUCGCCACGAGUGCCUUGGCAAACUUUGUAGCAGCAAGUUCUCACAGGACAAGUGGUGAAACGGACAUUCCACCAAAGCAACCGACAAAUCCUUCGAUUCUACAUUGCAUGGCCCAUGCACCCGAAAUCUUCUACCGUUUUCCAACCUUGUACGGUGGUAAAGGGGUGCCCUUUUUUCGAGCAGCCGAUGACUUUUACCCGGACAAUCCACAUUCCCAUGGACCACAAAUAGUGGCUUGUGCUUAUAACUCGCUGCUCUUUCAGCACGUUGCAAUCCCGGAUUGGGACAUGUUUGCCACUGGACCGGAGAUUGGAGAAGACAUCUUGCAAUGCCAUGCCAUUGCUCGAUGCAUCAGCGGAGGCCCAAUCUACUUUAGUUCCUCGCCCGAGAAAAUGGAGCGCGGCCGCCCCAAAUGGAUGGACUGGAUCUGUUGCCCGAAUGGGACGACACUACCUUGUCGUGGCACGGCUUUGCCGUUGCCAAACUGCUUGCUGCAAGAUCCGCUCGCUUCAAAUGCUGAACCACUGGUUCUUUGGAAUACGAAUGGAGGCGGCUUUGCCCAUGACGAACAGAGUGAUGAUGGCGAAAGGGAAACUACGACCAGUGGCAUCUUUGGCCUGUUCCAUUUUGCUGCGGGUGGAACUUGGGAUUAUUCAAAGUUGACGUAUGUGUCAAACGAUAGGAUGGCAGGGACAGACUUGGAGGAGGAUGGGGGAGCGGAUGUAGAGCUGAGCCCUGCUUUGAUUCCGGUCUUUGCUGCACACCGCUAUGCUGGAAUGUCCUUUCUUGCCACCUCCUUUGUCGCCCAUACCGUGGAAAUUCUUCCCAGCCCCGGCGCUGCCAUGAGCAUUCGAUUGCAGCGGAGCCAGUCUAACGCACUCACGGUUUACCCGAUUCACCAAGUAUCGUGCGGGGUGGGAACUGUGGAUUUUGUGGCACUGGGGUGGGAAGGUAGAAUCAACGCAGGCGGGGCAGUCAAAGACAUUCAGGUCAACCCAGAUGGUGCUGUCGAGAUGUCGGUACUGGGUUGUGGUGACUUUCUGAUGGCACUUCGAGUCAAUGGCAAAGAACCAAGUCAAAGCUGGCUCGAGAAAGCAGUCUUCUCGGUGUUCGUUGAUGGUGCCGUCGCAGAAUACAACACAAUCUGUAUCAUUGCCAGUGAAGAAGCUGCCAUCAGCCACAAAGCAGUGCCUAGCUCAAAGUUGCAAACGAAUUUGUUGCAGCGAGGUUUCCUGCCUGUGGUCGUAGCAAUGGCUCCUCUUGACUCACAUCAUCAAAUAACUAUUAAGUUUGAAAACUGA